CCUUCUCCGGCGACCCAGCGCGGGUUUCCUGUCCAAGAUGGCGUCCCCCGUGGCAGUUGUGGCCGGGAAAGUUGUGCGAGACAUGGCGCUGCGGACCCCGCUCCUGGCGGCCAGGCUCCAGGCCGUUCAUUUAGUUCCCAGAAGAUGGCUGAAUUUACAGGAAUAUCAGAGUAAGAAACUGAUGUUGGACCACGGAGUGAAAGUUCAAAGAUUCUUUGUAGCAGAGACUGCGAAUGAAGCUCUGGAUGCGGCGAAGAGACUAAAUGCCAAAGAAAUUGUUUUAAAAGCUCAGAUCUUAGCUGGAGGAAGGGGAAAAGGAGUCUUCAGUAGCGGUUUGAAAGGAGGCGUUCAUUUAACAAAAGACCCUAAAGUGGUAGGACAGCUGGCUAAACAGAUGAUUGGCUAUAACCUGGCGACAAAACAAACUCCAAAAGGAGGCGUAAAAGUUAACAAGGUGAUGAUUGCUGAAGCCUUAGACAUUUCCAGAGAAACCUACUUGGCGAUUCUGAUGGACCGAUCCUGCAAUGGUCCUGUGCUUGUGGGCAGCCCUCAGGGGGGUGUUGACAUUGAAGAGGUGGCGGCUUCAAAUCCAGAACUCAUUUUUAAGGAGCAAAUUGACAUUAUGGAAGGGAUAAAGGACAGCCAAGCUCAGCGGAUGGCGGAGAAUCUAGGCUUCGUUGGGCCUUUGAAAAACCAGGCUGCAGAUCAAAUUAAGAAGUUGUAUAAUCUAUUCCUGAAAAUUGAUGCUACUCAGGUGGAAGUGAAUCCGUUUGGUGAAACUCCAGAAGGACAAGUUGUUUGUUUUGAUGCAAAGAUAAACUUCGACGACAAUGCAGAAUUCCGGCAAAAGGACAUAUUUGCUAUGGAUGAUGGGUCAGAGAACGAGCCCAUUGAAAAUGAAGCUGCCAGAUAUGAUCUAAAAUACAUAGGACUGGAUGGGAACAUUGCCUGUUUUGUGAAUGGUGCUGGUCUGGCCAUGGCUACUUGUGACAUAAUUUUCCUGAAUGGUGGGAGGCCAGCUAAUUUCCUGGAUCUUGGUGGUGGUGUAAAGGAAGCUCAAGUAUAUCAAGCAUUCAAAUUGCUCACAGCUGAUCCUAAGGUUGAAGCUAUCCUCGUAAAUAUUUUUGGCGGAAUUGUCAACUGUGCCAUUAUUGCCAACGGUAUCACCAAAGCCUGUCGAGAACUGGAACUUAAAGUGCCCCUAGUGGUCCGACUUGAAGGAACCAAUGUCCAUGAAGCACAGAAUAUUCUCAACAACAGCGGACUUCCUAUUACUUCAGCCAUUGAUCUAGAAGAUGCAGCCAAGAAGGUUGUGGCCAGUGUAACUAAGAAGUGAUGUCAUUGUCCUGAUCUUUUAGAGGAAGAAGUCCAUUUCUCUAUAUAUUAAAAAAAAAAAUGUGGGGAGAGGUGCUGAUUCUUACAUCACUGUGAAGUAGAAAUGGCUGCCACCUGUCUACUGGGAGAAAGUUAGGGAGGGGAAGAAUCACUACAUGAAAAACAUCUUAAAUCAGUAUGUUCUUCAGUAAGAUUUCUGACAGUCUAAAUAAUCUGAUUUCACCUAUGUUCUUUGCUGUUGCUGUCUUAUAGGCGUUAUUGCCAACUUUGAGGAACAGUCUACAUGCUCAGAUAAUGUGCCUAUUUAGAGAAUUUGAGAUCAAGCCCUCAUGUACUUAUAAUGCUUUUUAGUGGACACUCAGACCUAUAUAACAAAAUAAAAGCCACAGGAUAAAGAAAAUAAAUAAACAAAAAUAACCAACUCAGACUAGAUUACAUUCAACAGACCAACUAUCAAAAUAGUACAGCUAAGACAUUCAAAUGUAUAUUACAAAUGUAGCAGUUGUUAUAAUUUUCUGAUUCUAGAACAUUUGGAAAACCCAUGAACAUUCCAAAUGUAUUUUUACAAAGGAGGAUAUAUAUUAAUAUCUCAUAUAUGUAUUCUACCAUUUGCCUUACUAUAUACCAUCCUGCUUACCUCAUCAUAAAACGGAAGUCUUAUUUGUCAUUUUGAAAUACAAAUCUUUCUCAGUUUUUGAUGGGGUUAUGUCUCACAAACCCAUUUAGGUUGAAAAUAUACUUUCUGGAUACUACAUGUACACCAUACAUAUUGGCUACUCCUUUUAAUGUAUUAUUAAGAAAUGAUAAUGUCCCAGUGCAUUGUAGACUGUCGUCUAUUGUUGGCCCUUGUGACCCUGUGGUUGACUGGGUACUUUUGUUCAUUGCCACUGACCAACACAGAGAAUCUUACCAUCCAGAAAAAGAUGAAGAUUCAUAUUUUGAAGUGUAUUGCUUUCACAGCAUCAUAAAGUAAAAGAAAAAAAAAAACAAUCAAACUUUGAUCAGUCAGGAAAAACAAUAGAAGACUGUUUUUAUGUCAAGAUGAAGAAUAAUAAUACUUAUAUGCAUCCCUACGACUAAGUAAUUUUAAGAUGAGACAACACUGAAGAUCAAAUUAUGCCGUGAAUUGUUAUUUCUUCUGUCCCUUCUCUUUUCUGCUCAAAAAUCUACCAGCUGGGAAAAUGCAAUUGAAAAAGAUUUACCUUUUUUCAUGAGUUUAAUUUUUGUAAUGGGGAAAAUUUUGAAUUAGUUUUUUUAAAUCAAAUUUUUAUUUGUAUAUGAAUUUAAAUAAAAAUUGUUUUUAUAAACUUUAA